AAGAAGCAUAAUGUGGAGCCUGUUCUUUACAUGGUUGAAUGGUUUAUGUGCAUUUUCUGUCGCACGCUGCCAUGGCCAACUGUCCUUCGAGUAUGGGAUAUGUUUUUGUGCGAAGGAGCAAAAGUUUUGUUCAAAGUUGCUCUUGUGUUAUUCAAGUAUGGGCUAGGCACAAAAGAGCAGUGUAAGCAGUAUCCGGAUCUGCAUUCAAUUGUCACUAGGCUGAGGAACUUACCUCAACAAAUCACUUCUGAAGAAUUCCUUGUGGCCAAGGUUUGUGAGUUGAACCUGAACGAUGCUGAUCUCGAAAAAAUACAUUUCAGAGCGCUCAAAUUACGACAAAUCAAAGUAGCCCAAAAAUAG